AUGUCGCCCUCUAAAGCUAUGACCGGGCUAGACGCGCUCCACGGCUACCUCGACCGCCACGGUCUACUCGACGCAGCCAACAACCUCCCACACCAUUCCGCCAUCACCAUCACCCCGCAAACCGUCUUCCCUUCCGAGCACCCGUACAAGCUCCUCCUCGGCAUGCUCCACAGCCGAGAAGUCUGGAUCGCCCUCGGGAAUUCCCCCACUUCUAGGCCCUCAGCAGCGCCUACGAUGAGUCUGUAUCUAGCGGGCGCUGGCUCGUCUCUGAAGAGCCUCAGCCCAGCUGAGUGGGACCACGUGAGCAUGUUCGAGCCGUUCAGCACGCUGUGGGAGACUACGAGGGAUUGCGCGGGGAAUGAGAAGACGUGGGCGGAUAAUCGGAGGGGCAUGCUGAAGGCGCUGGCUUAUUGGUACUUUUUGUGGGCCGCAGUUGAGAGGGGUGGCGCGCUGGAUGUGCCGAAGACUAUUCCGAGUUACUUGAGGUUGGCGUUGGGGAGGUUGGAGACGGGGUCGCUUUUCCCGGAACAUGGGACUGGUUUGGUGCGCGAGGUGGGUGGGGAGGGUGAUGGGAGGGGGAAGAGAGAAUGUGAGCGAGGAGGAAGAGGGAUGGAGGGGAAGAGGCGGGAUGGUGAGAUGCUGAAUGAGCGGAUUCAUGAUCUGAAGGAAGGUGGCGCUGCAGAAAGGCUUAGGGCAACAACAGGGGUUGGGACGACCGGCGAAAAGAGCGGCUUGGGCCGGAUAGAGUCUCGGCUCCGCGGCCCACUCCGAGAGAAGGUCCAGCACAAAGCUGGAAGGGAGAUCCUAAGAGGCAACGAACCACAUGCACAGAACCGCCUGAGCGGCGUCAAUUUCGCGGAAGAUGACACAGAAGCAACUACGGCCGAGGAGCUACUGGCCGCUUUUCAAAAGCCUGCCUCUCGUCAUCCCUAUCCCGCCCCUCAAGGUUUGUCACCGUAUCCACACCCAAGCUCAUCACCACCGGCAGCUAAGGCAGGAGGUCCAGAACAACGCACAUCCAAACUAAAGUCUGGUUCGCUGCCAUGGGACCGCCAAUCAAGAGCAUACACCCCCUCGUUUGAGCGGAGCGAGAAUCCACCGACCUCCCUUGUUCAUCCAACCCCUCGUCCUGCGGGACCGGUUGAUCCAGCUCGACUUCUACCUCCGCCCGAUGAUGAAGUCUUCCCGGAGCUUCGGCAGCUGCUGGACAUGGAGGCAACAUUAUCCGCUGAGUAUGACAGCUUGAAGAGGAAGGCGGAGAAGCUUGAACGGAGGACGGAGGAGAUAAAGCGGAGGCUUGAGGAGCAAAGACGGAAGAUUAGGCGGGUGGGGUUGGGUAUGUACGGCGGGGAAGGUGGAUGA